CCUCGACUGAAAAUUUGCGCGCAAAGGAAAAUUGACUCACUUUUUCGAGAAGUUUCAUCAGCAAGGAAGAAAGAAUAUUAGGGAGUGAUGGCUUUCUAAAUUUGUUUGCACCAGACGGCAAAGUGCACAAGCACUUGCAACAGAAAACAAUAACAAUGGAUUUUCAAAAGGGCCUCGAGCAAACUGCUAUUGCAGUCGAAUUACGACAAAAUUUAACUGAGUAUAUAGAAGACAAAACGCAAUAUGAUGAUAGAUUAUACGGAGGACGAUUCUUUUGCCUUCGGGCUGGACACCAGCCUGUUUCCUUCAUUCUGUGAUGGGAACAACCAAGUUUACGAUGAGGGUAGUAACUUCAGCAGUGGUGACGUAUCGCAUUGUGGUGGCCUCCUUUCCGACUUUGGUCUUCAAAGUGAGGAUGUGCCACCCGGCUGGUCGCUCUUGGAGCAAUUAGAAAUGACAUCAGUUGAAAAGGAGGAUCUCAAUGACACUCUUAUCAAAGAUGUGCCAUCAGCAUAUUCCUCGAUAAUUGGUGAAAGUUGCUUCAAUGAUGAAUUUUGUCAGCUGAGCCCUCUUUCAGACUCUGGUGAUUCAGGCAUUUCAUCUUGUAAUUCACCUUAUGGUAGCUCUGGUUUUCAUGAGUCAAAUGUCAGCUCCCCAUUGAAUGAAGUAGUGGUAGAAGAGCCACUGGUUCUCGAGCAGGAACCACAAGUUGCCUAUAGCGACAUCAAUCUUCAAUCUUUUGAGAACCCAGCAGACCUGCUUGCUGACUUAGCAAAUGAUAUUGUGGAGGAGUGUAAUGACAGCUUUACAGCUGAUUUGAUUCCAGGAUUGAACAAAUCUGAACUAACUACAUUUGAGUUCAACAACAAUAUCAGUGAUGUUUUUAAUGAAGAGACAAGUGUAGAAAGUGUUGAGACAAAUGAAGUGUCAUUCAUUGAGGAAAAUAACCUGUCCCCUGAUAUAGUUAAGGAAGUUGAGGUCAGCAAAGGGAAAAGCUAUGAUGCAAAACCAGUCAAAAUACUUCCCCAGCCAGUUAACAUGGUAACAUCAAACCAGAAAAUAUUUUUGGUGAAGGCCGAACCAGUCAGGAGUAAGCCAUACCCAAAGACAAAACCAGCUGGACAGAAAACUUCCCAUCAAAAGGAAAAGAAAAAACACCAAAACAGAAAUGCAGCAACAAGGUAUCGAAACAAGAAAAAGGAUGAACUUGACAAACUUUUUGGUGAAGCAUCAGAGCUAGAGAAUUCAAACAAAGAUUUGCAAGAUAAAGUCACUUCAUUGACAAAGGAAAUAGACUACCUCAAGGGACUUAUGCUUGAUGUUAUUAAGGCAAAGCUUGCCAGAAGCAAUUCACAGCAGUCUUAAAGACAUAUUUAAACAUAAAUAAUUUAUAUAUCAUAUCUACUUGCAAGAAUUUUAGUCAUGGGCACAUUUUUCACCCCCAGGAGGCAUCAGGCACAUUAUAAUACUUCUGAAAAUAGUGAAACUUGUAAAUAUUGUAGGUUUUAAUGUUGUAAUUUAUCUAUUUCUCAUUCUGAUAAUUUUCUUGUUCACUACCCUUUAUCAAA